GAUCUGCCUACGAUGGGUUACCUGUCACGGGCGCGAGAUCUCCCCUCGAAAGAUCCAGGCUAUCACUUUGCUGAUCAACGUCGUAGGCCUCAUCAACCGCAGGGACCUCCCCCAAGCGUUUGUGCCGGCAAACUACAUGGGGCGAGUUUUCAUCGGAUCGUUUUCGCCUGAUCUGACAUUUUCAGUGUGGGUCAACAUCCUGCUAUUACCUGCCUUUGCCGCUGUUGGCUGCUGGCGUUUGCCAGUGGCCACCAUGUCAGAAUGUUUGGGCGUCCUCCUCAACGAGGUGAUUGUCGUGGUCUUUAUGUCCUGCGUCUUCGGGCAGAUCAACUCCACAACCUACCAACAGGAAGUUGCCACAAUGGAGUUGGAGAGUAAAGCAUCUGAGCUGCAGAUGCAUAUGACUGAGACAGAGAACGUCCUCUCCGCAGCAAGAAAGCUGUUGUCUGUGACUUGCGAUUGCUGCGAGCGACUCUCCCACAAGUGGGACAUCAUCGAGCCGACGCAGCGGGUCCUCGAGCUAUUGCGGUAUCCUGGAGCGCGGAAGGCUGGCGAAAAGCCGCCAACCCUAUCCUUGCGGCAGUGCAUUGCCCCGACGGAUCAAGAUCGCUUUUCCGGAUUUGUCUCAUCAUCUGGGGAUAGCAAUGCGCCAAGCGCACUGCACCUUCGGAUGAAGGACUUCUCCGGGAAGGCUUUUGAUGCGAAACUCUUCCAUGUGAACGUACCCAGUCUUCUGACCCGACAUCCCCAACACCUGGUCGGAAUCAUCGCCACUUCGCGACAGACGGAUUCGAUUCCAUCCAUUCCGGAAGGCGAGGUCUUCGAAGCUACGGAUGAGGAUUUGUCCGAAACUCGUAGCACCUCAGGUGAUUCUGAGCCCAGCCUGAGUUCUAGACUACGCAGCGUUUGGGCAGCCGACGCUGCUUCAUUGGCCUGGCAGGCCGUAACAGCAAAGUUCCAGGAUUGGCUCGACACCAUCGAUUGCGUUGGGCUGAAGCUGGACCUAUGUACCGGUGCGGAGGGAUAUGUGGUGCGCGAAGCGAAAAUCCACUUCAAGGAGCUGGAAGUCGGCCAGGGACCCUGCACUGCGCUCUACAGCCUUGUCAAACCUAAGUACCAGAUCAUCAUAGAAGACUGGCUACAGGAGCACAUGAAUGCGUGGUACCGCGGAAUCCAGUGUGAUGAGCACUGCCUGGGUAUCAAGCUCACAUUGCCAAUGCUGGGAAGCGUGCUCGUUGGGGACAUGUCUGUGGAUAGCAUCACAGAGCGUGCAGAGAAGGACGAACUGCAUUUGGAGAUGGCGGUGGAGCUGCGAAACUUCCUCUCAACCCCCAGUCGGCAUCCAGAUGCUUGCGGAUGA